CGCAGGCCACUCCCAAUCAUUUUUAGUGUCACAAUUUUCCCGUGGCAGGCAGCUGAUUUUCCAGACCGUGCCAGAUUUUUCAGUUGCCUGGAUGUUUCCACAGCGGGCGCCGACGGUCUGACGCGCCCUGUGUCCGAACGAUUUUUAUUAUUUCGUGUCCACCAACCUACGAUGAAUAAUAUUUAACAAUCCAGAAAAGUGUCAACGAUAAAAAUAAGUCAUGGCAGUCCAGAUUCUGGACCAAGAUCACUUCGCCAUCAGCGCCAUAGUGACCGUCACUUUGCAGGUGAUCUUUUUCCUGAUCGUCGCCCUCUUCGAAAUCGACAAGGUGACAGAUUUUGCUGGCGGAAUCAAUUUUAUGAUUCUGGCUUUGCUCACUUUCUUUUUAGGACAAGGAGGAAACAAAAAAUCCUACGAUAGCAGGCAAUUAAUGGUGACAAUGUUCGUUUGUAUAUGGGGCAUAAGACUAUCUGGAUAUUUAUUGUACAGGGUAUUAAAAAUAGGAAGAGACAAACAAUUCGAAGAUGCCAAAAGUAACACUAUUAGAUUUGCAAUAUUUUGGACGUUCCAGGCUGUAUGGGUUUACGUCGUCAGUCUUCCAGUAAUUAUAAUCAAUUCUCCACGUCACUCCAUACCACUGGCGCCUAAAACUAUGACCACUUUGGAUUCGACAGGCACCGGUUUAUUUAUCGUAGGAUUUCUAGCGGAAACUUAUGCGGAUUUGCAAAAGUUUUCGUUCAGACAGGAUCCACUCAAUCAAGGAAAAUGGUGCAAUGAUGGUUUAUGGAGACUGUCCAGACAUCCCAACUAUUUCGGUGAAAUCGUGCUUUGGUGGGGCAUAUUUGUGAUAUCUCUGAACGUUCUGGAAGGGAUUGAGUGGGUUGCUAUAAUGUCUCCUUUAUUUACCAGCUUGAUUAUUUUGUUUAUGUCUGGAAUUCCUUUACUGGAAAGGAGUUCAGAUGAAAAAUAUAGAGAUGACUCCGAAUAUCGUUACUACAAAUCUUCCACGUCGCCGUUAAUACCGAUCCCGCCGUCAAUCUACGAAGAAGUACCGCAAUUCCUGAAAUUCAUCAUUUGCUGCGAGUACCCGCUGUACGAUUCGCUCAACGAAAAAACCAAAACGUCGCACAUCAUCAAGGAAUCGACCAGCACGAAUCUGGCGCAGUCUGACGUCACAUAGCUGUAGCUAACGGCUGCUGACGUGCCGCAAAUCAGCGUCACCGCCGAGCAGCCCGUUGGACGGUCGAAUUAUUUUUUGGGCGGACUUUAUGGGUACAGGAACCAGAAUCCUCCUGAGUAUAUCGACGACGAGGAGGAUUAUCGAUGCUACCAGAGCAAAGACUAUGAGUUUAAAAAUAUUAGCGUGGUGGUUAACGAGCAUUGUUCACAAGUUUCUGAGGUGUAGCUUUAAGAGUAUAUUGAGAGGUUAAUUUUCUUACAUAUCUCCGUAUACUGCCUAGCUAAAAGAGGCUCAAAAAAAAGUAUUAUUGUAUUAUACCUACUUGAACUUAGUAUAUAUUAUGUAGUACCUACAUAGUAUUAUUUGUGACUUCGUGUUCUUUUUUGUGAUAUUCUCUAACAAUUUUUGGUAGUACCUACCUAUGUAUUAGUAAAUGGUAAUCGAGAAAUUCUAUGUAUAGUUCAUUGUUCAGGGCAGAAAUUUGUGUGUGCCUGUUAAAUUAAUAUCGAUGUGUAUUUAUCCUACUUAUCAGUGAUAGACUGAAUAAUUCAAUUCAUAUCAACAUUCUUGUAUUUGCGAUAUGACCGAGUAGCAAUAAUCUAGUUUUCUGACAUAGCUUUUGACGUCGCCAAAACUUCCUUAUUCUUCUCUGUGUAUAUUAAAUUGUAUUUUUAGAUUCUACUAUUUUUAGAGGAAGAAAACUAGUAAAUUGAAAAGUGAAAUUAUUAAAGUAUAUUAAUUAUAAGACUAAUAAAAAAAUGAAUCAAU